UUGAAUUCGUGUGUUUUGCUGGAAAAGUUCAAAGGACAAUACUUGAAUACUUGGUUAGCAGUGGACAAAAAAAAUGAAUCUUUGACUCCCAAGCAUCACGGCAUUGAGGUUAACUGCAUUAACCAGUCAGAAAUCAAAGAAUACAUGAAGGGAGCGAAACAAGAAAACACUAAUACAAAGGGAAAACAUGAACAAGGCCUUGAAAUCAAAGAGCAGAACAAUAAAGCUCAAAACCAUAUCAGUCUAAAACCAACAAAGUCUUGUAGGGGAAGAAAUAUCACCUUCACGAUUAAUCAAAUUCCUCUUGCUUUUGAGUUUUGA